UUUCUGAAGCAUUUCUCAUUAACCCUUGACAGAUGACGAAGAUGACGACGAUGAUUGGUAAAAACGAGAAUACCCAUUGGACGACCUCACUAGUCAUCGUGCAAAUUCAGACACAUGAACCUUGUGAAGACGCUGGUCCUGAUCGGGGCCAUGAAAGCAGUGGUAUGGAAGUUGUUGGCGGAAUGCAUGCCACCAACCAAUGAAAAUGAAACUUAUCUUCACAGCAAUUUGUGCGCAAGAAGACCACUGGGCAUUAGAUUAUACUAUGGACCUAAGUACAGCCACCCGACCCUUUACUUCAAAGCUGAGCUGUGUACUGGAUUGUAUUACUAAAUGUGUGGCACUAACGCGAGCUUGGAAUACGAUACUAUAGGUUCUUGGCCUUU